AUGGACUCGCUUCCGGACGAGCUCAUUCUUUACGUCGCAAGCUGCAACCCAGUCCUCGAGCCCCUUGAUAUCAUCAGCCUCCAGGCCGUGUCCCGCCGCUUCCUCCGAGUCUUCCGAGACGACCGCCUCUGGAAAGCGAUAUGCUACCAGCACUCGCGCGCCGAGGCCAUCCGCCGCCGCCAGCAGCUUCUCGCGCACAUGACCCCUCACAUGGCCGAGCUUGCUAGUGCUGUGCAAGAGAGAAGCCCUGCAUCUCCCAACCCCGAAAUGGCCGCCCACAGGCUGGCCGUCGCCCAGCGCCAGCGCGCCUUCGCCAACUGGGAUCCCUCGUACCCGGGUGAGAGGAUCAGCUUCUACGAGGAGUUCAUUGCAAGGCACGCUCCCGUGCAGAUGAGCUGGUUGCAGCAGGCAUACGGCGACGACAGGGAGCCUGCCGAGGCGACUGGCCUCGGCGUCUACUACGACGAGGCCACCCGCAUGGCCGACCGCAUUUUCGCGCCGUUGAACGACGGCAGCAUUGGCGUCUGGGACAUCAGUCAAAGUGAUACCAAGCAAGGCGCCAUGGUUGGGAGGACUGAGCCGGGCUUCUUGGCGGGCAAUGCCCCCCUCGCAGAGAGCAAGGCUGUCAUGACGGAAACGGGCGCGGUGGAGUGCGUGAGCAUCGACAAUAGGCAGAACAAAGGCUACUUUGCCGUCCUCAAUGUCCUCAAAGAGGUCGACCUCGAGACACUGCAAGUCGUCUCUGAAUCAAAGUACCCAUUUCCAAUCACGACCCUUUCAGAAGCACGCCACCCAACCCCCGUCACUGUGGGCACCAACAUGACGAUCCAUCUGCAUGAUCCGCGCCAGCAACAGUCCAUGGAUGAUUCAAACCUCCCGCUUCGGUGUGAGCUGAUCGCAGGCACCCCGCCGAAAGACAGCUUCAGUGAUGUCCUGCUCGGAAACGUGCCCCGAAAACACGCUGCCCUCUCCCAGCCCGGCCCGCUGUCUAUUCUUCACCUGCCUGACCGUGAAUGGGACGGCAAUGGUGACAUCUGGGUAGCUGGUCGUUUCACCAGCCUUCUGAACUACGACAGACGCUUCUUCCCCCGCCUCCGAGGCACUGUUCACUCCGGUGCCCGCCUGUCCUCCAUGGCCCUCAUCCACCAUCCUUUCAUCCCGCGUAACCUUGGCUUCCACAGCAUGUCCUUGGACAACGCAGUCCAUAGGGACCCCUCGGUGACCGGCCAUACCAUCAUCGCAGCCGGCGAGUACAAGGGCAAAGGCGCCCUUGAGCUCUUCGGCCUCUCCGCCGACCCGCGCCACACCAUUCUCUCCAGCGACACCGGCUCCGCCGUCCGAAACCGUGGUGCUUGCAUCCAAAACAGGCAGACAGCCUCGUCCUCCAAGCUUCUCAGCGUAACCACGCAUGGCGCACGCCUCGUGUACAGCGACGGAGAUGGCAAUGUGAAAUGGAUGGAGCGCGAUGGCUUUACGCCUAUCCGAUCCUUUAACAUCAACCCUGACCGUUCGGACCCAUCCCAUCAAGCACACGCCCCGCGAGACGAUGGCCCCUUCGACGUCGGCACUCUCUUCUCAGCACCAACCCAGCAGCACGGCGAGGGUGACAUUGUCCAGAAGCUCGUUCCUACGCUCUGCCGCAGCAGCGUCGACAGUGCGCAUAACACCGCCCUCAACAAAGACCACCUUGUCGUCUGGACCGGCGACGGGCGUAUCGGCCUGUUGGGCUUUGGUACGCGUCCGCUGUUUGAGCAAGGAGACUUCGAGGAGAGAAUGGAGAGCGCCGAGGAGUUGGCAAAGCGGACGAGAGAGCAAGAGUAUGGGCGGACAAUGCGAAGGGCAUUGGAGAGACAGGCGGCAGAUGUGCGGUUCGUGAGGGGGUUGGGAUUGGGGAGUGCGAGCAAUUGGUGA